AUGUCUUCGAUUAUACAGCAGAGCACUGCUGAAGGCAUACCGGUAAGAGAAACAGUUAAGACUAAAUGGGAAGAGAAACUUGAUCUUCCUCAAAUAACCUGGAGAGCGUCGUUGGCGGGCCUAGUUAUCGGAUCAAUAGUUCUCAUCUCAAAUUUCCAAUUUGGUUUACAGACUGGUUGGGUAUCCAUGAUGUCGUUGCCGUCUGCACUUUUGGGCUUUGCAAUCUUUAAGUUGACGCCAAUUGCAAAAGACUUCACAGAUGUAGAGAACGUCUUCAUUCAAAGUGUGGCCGUUGCUGUUGGUACUGGACCGUUGGCUUAUGGUCUAAUUGGUAUUGUUCCCGCCAUUGAGAACUUUUUGACCGCAGAGGAGAGCGGAUUGGGAAGAAAAUUGGUAUUUUCCUUGCCAGAUUUGUUGAUUUGGUCAUUAGGGUUGGCAUUAUUCGGAGUUUUCUUUGCUAUACCGUUAAGAAAGCAAGUUAUAGUGGAGGAGAAGUUACCAUUUCCUUCAGGCAGUGCAACUGCAACAUUGAUAUCGGUUUUACAUGGUACUGAAAUAUUAGAUGAAGAAAAGGAUACUCAGAGUAUAGCCGAAGUAGGUGAAGAAGGAAUUGCUACAGCUGAUGAUAUUGAAAGGAAUGUUCAAGCGUCAACUGAUAUUACCAACUCAAUUCAAACUCCAGAAGAAUUUAAAGAACUCAGUGAUACCAAAAACUACAAGUCCAACAUUUCAAAUUUGCUAUACACAUUCACUGUAUCAGCAGCAUACACAUUGUUAGCAUAUUUCUUUCCGGUGUUGAAAAGUUUGCCAAUUUUUGGGAGAUUCUUAUCUGACAGUUAUAAGUGGAAUUUCCAACCUUCCCCUGCUUAUAUUGGGCAGGGGAUCAUUAUGGGUUUACCUACAGUGACUUAUAUGUUAUUUGGAGCAAUUUUGGGUUGGGCUGUUUUAGCCCCCUUAUCGAAAUAUAAUGGUUGGGCGCCUGGUGACAUUGAUGACUGGAUGCAUGGAGGCCAAGGCUGGAUCUUGUGGAUUAGUUUAAGUGUAAUGAUUAGUGAUUCGCUAGUACUGUUUUUGGUUGUUGUGUAUCAAUCAGUAGUAGCUGGGGUUAGAAAAUUAAACGAGUUGAAUCAAGAGACUGAUGAUGGCCUGACUGAGCCUUUGCUUCGUGAAAGCGACUCAUCGUCAAAUGAAGACUCGAGAAACACAUUUUUCAAGGCUGUAAAUUCGGUCAAGAAAGCUGCAGAAAGAACUGCUACCAUUAAAGACGUUCCAGGAAAAUACUUGGUCAACUUCAAAGUUACAUUAAUAGGUCUUGUAGCUUCAUCAGUGCUUUGUUUAGUUGCUAUUAGAUUGGUAUUUGGAAAGCUCAUUCCUUAUUAUGCCAUAGCUGUAGCAAUCGUCUUAGCAUUGUUUUUCUCCAUUCUUGGGGUCAGAGCGUUAGGAGAAACUGAUUUGAACCCUGUAAGUGGAAUUGGUAAGUUAUCACAAUUGAUCUUUGCUGUAGUCAUUCCAAAUAACCACCCAUCCAAAAUUUUGAUUAAUUUAGUUGCCGGUGGGAUUGCAGAAGCUGGUGCCCAACAAGCUGGUGAUUUAAUGCAAGAUCUUAAAACGGGACACUUGAUUGGUGCUUCACCAAGAGCUCAAUUCAUCGCUCAAUUAAUUGGUACCAUGUGGUCAGUUGUUUUGAGUAGCGUAAUGUACAAAGUGUAUAACUCAGUUUACCGAAUUCCAAGUGAAAUGUUUAGAAUCCCAACUGCUGUUAUUUGGAUUGACUGUUCCAGAUUAGUUACUGGUGAGGGUUUACCUCCAAAGGCUUUCGAAUUCCUGAUUUUAUUUGGAGUUAUUUUUGGGUUCAUUUCAUUGUUAAAGAAUAUUGUCCCCAAGACGUCAAAGUAUUAUAAGCAUUUAGUGUAUUUGCCCAAUGGAGUUGCUGUUGGAAUUGGUAUUUAUAAUACUCCAAACUUCACUUUAGCCAGAUUUUUAGGUGGUGCUCUCUCAUACUGGUGGAUUAACAUUUACAAUAAGGGCUCAAGCUCCAGCCCUGGAACAAACAGUAAAAUAAACAUGAUCAUUUUCAGUAGUGGAUUGGUCUUGGGAGAAGGGUUAUUGAGUGGAUUUACCAUGUUCUUAACAAGUUUAGGAGUAAAGCAUUUUUAA